ACCAAAAACAAAACAGCACUCGAAAAUCUUAUUAGUUUUUCUUACUAUUGCCCGUAUAGUAAUUCUAUCACAACCGGAAACAAUGGCGACGACCAAAUUAGCGACGGCUUUCAUCGUCGCCGCGCUCGUGUGUGCAAUAAUGGUGACCGGGGAAGAAGCCGAAGCCGGCGGCGGGUGGCUUCACUAUCCAAGCUUGGAUCCGGGUGUUAUUCCUUGCAACGGUAGACAGGACUGCCACGAUAUCCCGGCGAACCCUUACCAAAGAGGUUGCGAGGAACAGAACAGGUGUCGUACUGGUCACCGCUAAAAAUGACCUGCAGUCACGGGGGAGAAUAUAUAUAUAGAUUGGGUUACUACACUUCUUGUGUAUUGAUUGAUUUCUUAAAUUAUAUUAUCUUUCUCGCAUUUCACAUGGAAAAUAAAACUAGAGUUAAGAGUACUAUUUGGUAUCGCAUAAUUUGUAGCUAAAUAUAUAGCAUGUACGUGAUCAUCAUGAUCAUGUCUAGCUUAGCUUGGAUGGAAGAUCGAUUGAUUUAUUAAAAAGAGUUUAUUCUG